ACUACUGGGAGCCUGUUCCAAGUACGAGUGGUUGGAAGCUCUGCAAAGUGCACCUAUCUUUCUCCUCAGGACAGCUGGCCUCUCUACCAUCCAGCUGUGGACAGAGCACUGCAUUUUGGUGGUCCGGGUGGUCCUGCUCAUGUGAAACUGGUGGUUGAGUGGGAUGUGGACUCCAAAGAACGUUUGUUUGGCAACAUCCAGGAGGAAGUGGUUGAGGAUGCAGAAAGUGUGAGGCUGAAGCAGCAGCUCCAUCAACAGCAGCCCAGCUGCACUCUGGAUGAAUGUUUCCAGCUUUACACCAAGGAAGAACAGCUGGCCCCUGAUGAUGCUUGGCGCUGCCCCCACUGUCAGGUGCUUCAGCAAGGCACUGUGAAGCUCAGUCUGUGGACACUUCCUGAUAUCCUCAUCAUCCACCUGAAGCGCUUCCGGCAAGUGGGCGGACAGCGCCAUAAACUCACCACAGUUGUGCACUUCCCUUUGUGGGGGCUUGACAUGGCUCCCCAUGUGGACAAGCGCUGUCGUGGCAGCAAGUGGGGGCCCUGGAAGCACACCAACCCAGAAAGCAGUCAGUGUAACUUCCUGUAUGACCUCUAUGCCGUCUGCAAUCACCAUGGCAGCCUGCAGGGCGGGCAUUAUACAGCCUACUGCCGCAAUGCCUUGGAUGGUCACUGGUACAGCUAUGAUGACAGCACUGUGGAACCAAUAAUGGAGGAUGAAGUCAGCACGCGAGCUGCCUACAUUCUCUUCUACCAGAGACGCAGUUUGACUCCAGGCUGGUCUGGAGGAAGCUCUCUUAGAGGUUCUACUAGCUGCUCCGUUUCUGAACACUGGCUGGCCCGGCUUGGGGGAAGCAACAAGCGUGAGAGCCUGGUGUCCUGGAGCUCUGCAACAUAUCCAUCACUGCCCAAAAUGUCUAACUCACCCUCCCUUACCAGUCCUGGCCUCAUGCAUAAGAAAGGUGGCUUUGACUCACGGCCCCUUGUGAGGGGUGUCCAGGGAAGGAGUGUCAGCCUGAAAGCAUCCCCCAGCAAGAUCAAACUGGGAGUCCCAAAGCCCUUGCCCUUGCGUUGGUCCUUCACCUCCAAAGAUUGGCCAGCGCAGCCCUCUGGGGAAUUGGUAGAAUAUUUGGAGUCUGGCCGCAGACCUCAAUUCACUAACAGAUCCAUUCUUCCUCUUAUGACCAAGGAAGUGGAGGACAGUGGGCUGUCAGUCACCAAAGCCAAGCUGAAUCCUGUACUGACAGGAAUGGGCACCACUGGGAGUGCUGGCAAAGUACCCACUGCUGUAGAAAACCCUAGCAUCCUGAAGAGGACAGGGAAGCCAAAGGAGGAUGUAGGUGAGCAGCCACGGACACCCAAGAAACUGGUGCUUUCUCUCAGCAUGGUACUUCCAGCAAAAGAUGAGGAACCUAAAGGCAAAGCGAGCAUCAAUGGGAUCUUGCACACUGGGACAAACAUGCCCCUAUCCAGCUAUCAAUCCAAGGACAGAGGGGCCCAAGACCAAAAGGUCAUGCCUUGUGUUGGGGACAGGGAGCCUGUGGGUGAGAGACAAACAGAGGGGAAGCUGGCUCUCUUUAAGACUGGCUUCCUCCGAAGGGACCCCAAGCAACAUAGUAAGUCUGACAGACAUGGCACAUUGACACGGACCAUGGGCUUCUCCCAGGCAUCGCUACCCAAUGGCACUUUGAAUUCCAUCACUGGAGGCAGGGCAAGCAGUGUGCUAGGCCGUAGCUUGACAGAAGGGCUGCCCAAUGGGCGGAUUUGCCAUUCUGAGUUGGACAUCAAGCGUGCUCAGAGCUCCUGCAGCAGCAAAGGGAAGAAUGACUGGGUCUUGAGCAGGUCAACCUCCUUAGGUAAAACAACCUGUAGUGUUCCUUUGCAGGGUUAUACACAACCACUAGCUCUAGAUGGAGUUUCUUGUGGCACUCUCCAGCAGGCAAGGUACCAGACAGCAUCCCUGGGCAGGAGGACAGCUGUACCAGAAUCCAGCUUCUGAACUUCCCUGUGGUUACAGCUGGAGGUACCAAGAGUGCCAGUUCUUGGUGCUUAUAGGGUCUCAGGGCCUUGGGGUAAGAUCUGUCAAUUGCUAGGAGGCUUGACUGGUGCUUUUCUCAUGGGGAAGAGGCUUCUCCCAAUCAAGAGCUGUCAUAUUCAAUGGGUGCUGAAGAACAUCUUUGCCUUGCCAGGGAAUGUGGGUGAAAUGGGGACCUUGUGGUCUAUGGGGUUAGAAUGAGAAAGAGAGAAGUCAUAUGGAGAGUCUUAGAGUUAAAGUAUUUAUUGUGUACAGAGAAAUAAUUUUACUGAUGCUAAUGAGAGGAUGUGCUGUUCUGUGACAGCCAUUAUUUUGGUAUCUGGUUAUGGGAAAGGGAAUACUACA